AUGGAAGGAGGCGGCAAGCCCAACUCCUCGUCCAACAGCCGGGACGAUGGCAACAGCGUCUUCCCCGCCAAGGCGCCCGCGACGGGCGCCGGGUCGGCCGCGGCCGAGAAGCGCCUGGGCACGCCGCCGGGGGGCGGCGGGGCCGGCGCGAAGGAGCACGGCAACUCGGUGUGCUUCAAGGUGGACGGCGGCGGCGGCGGCGGCGAGGAGCCGGCCGGGGGCUUCGAGGACGCCGAGGGCCCCCGGCGGCAGUACGGCUUCAUGCAGAGGCAGUUCACCUCCAUGCUGCAACCCGGGGUCAACAAAUUCUCCCUCCGCAUGUUUGGGAGCCAGAAGGCGGUGGAGAAGGAGCAGGAAAGGGUUAAAACUGCAGGCUUCUGGAUUAUCCACCCUUACAGCGAUUUCAGGUUUUAUUGGGAUUUAAUAAUGCUUAUAAUGAUGGUUGGAAACCUGGUCAUCAUACCAGUUGGAAUCACAUUCUUUACAGAACAAACAACAACACCAUGGAUUAUUUUCAAUGUGGCUUCAGAUACAGUUUUCCUUUUGGACCUGAUAAUGAAUUUUAGGACUGGUACUGUCAAUGAAGACAGUUCUGAAAUCAUCCUGGACCCUAAAGUGAUCAAGAUGAAUUAUUUAAAAAGCUGGUUUGUGGUUGACUUCAUCUCAUCAAUCCCAGUGGAUUAUAUCUUCCUCAUUGUAGAAAAAGGAAUGGAUUCAGAAGUUUACAAGACAGCAAGGGCACUUCGCAUUGUGAGGUUUACAAAAAUUCUCAGUCUCUUGCGUUUAUUACGACUUUCAAGAUUAAUUAGAUACAUACAUCAGUGGGAAGAGAUUUUCCACAUGACCUAUGACCUUGCCAGUGCAGUGGUGAGAAUUUUUAACCUCAUCGGCAUGAUGCUGCUGCUGUGCCACUGGGAUGGCUGUCUUCAGUUCUUGGUACCACUACUGCAGGAUUUCCCACCAGACUGCUGGGUGUCCCUGAACGAAAUGGUUAAUGACUCGUGGGGAAAGCAGUAUUCAUAUGCACUCUUCAAAGCCAUGAGUCACAUGCUGUGCAUUGGGUAUGGAGCCCAGGCCCCAGUCAGCAUGUCGGAUCUCUGGAUUACCAUGCUGAGCAUGAUCGUUGGGGCCACCUGCUACGCCAUGUUUGUCGGCCAUGCCACAGCUUUAAUCCAGUCUUUGGAUUCCUCCAGGCGGCAGUAUCAAGAGAAGUAUAAGCAAGUGGAACAAUACAUGUCCUUCCAUAAGUUGCCAGCUGAUAUGCGUCAGAAGAUACACGACUACUACGAACACAGAUACCAAGGCAAAAUCUUUGAUGAGGAGAACAUUCUCAGUGAACUCAACGAUCCUCUGAGAGAGGAGAUCGUCAACUUCAACUGUCGGAAACUAGUGGCUACCAUGCCGCUGUUUGCUAAUGCAGAUCCCAAUUUCGUGACCGCCAUGCUGAGCAAGCUGAGAUUUGAGGUGUUUCAACCUGGAGAUUAUAUCAUACGAGAAGGAGCUGUGGGUAAAAAAAUGUAUUUCAUUCAACAUGGAGUUGCUGGUGUCAUCACAAAAUCCAGUAAAGAAAUGAAGCUGACAGAUGGCUCUUACUUUGGAGAGAUUUGCUUGCUGACCAAGGGCCGCCGCACUGCCAGUGUUCGAGCUGAUACAUACUGUCGUCUUUAUUCACUUUCUGUGGACAACUUCAACGAGGUCCUAGAGGAAUAUCCAAUGAUGAGGCGAGCCUUCGAGACGGUUGCCAUUGACCGACUAGAUCGGAUAGGAAAGAAAAAUUCCAUUCUUCUGCAGAAGUUCCAGAAGGAUCUGAACACUGGCGUUUUCAACAAUCAGGAGAACGAGAUCCUGAAGCAGAUAGUGAAGCACGACCGGGAGAUGGUGCAGGCGAUCGCUCCGAUCAAUUACCCCCAGAUGACAGCCCUGAAUUCCACCUCUUCCACCACGACUCCGACCUCCCGCAUGAGGACACAGUCUCCGCCGGUGUACACAGCGACCAGUCUGUCCCACAGCAACCUGCAUUCCCCCAGCCCCAGCACGCAGACCCCCCAGCCGUCCGCCAUCCUCUCGCCCUGCUCCUACACCACCGCGGUCUGCAGCCCUCCCGUACAGAGCCCGCUGGCCACUCGAACUUUCCACUAUGCCUCCCCCACUGCGUCCCAGCUGUCCCUCACGCAGCAGCAGCAGCAGCAGCAGCAGCAGCUCCAGCAGCCCCCGCCCCCGCAGCCCCCGCAGCCGCCCCCGCAGCCGCAGACGCCCGGCAGCUCCACGCCGAAAAACGAAGUGCACAGGAGCACGCAGGCGCUGCACAACGCCAGCCUGACCCGGGAAGUCAGGCCCCUGUCGGCCUCGCAGCCCUCGCUGCCCCAUGAGGUUUCCACUCUCAUUUCCAGACCUCAUCCCACUGUGGGCGAGUCCCUGGCCUCCAUCCCUCAGCCCGUGACCGCCGUUCACGGCCCGGGCCUGCAGGCGGGGGGCAGGGGCACCGUCCCCCCGCGAGUCACCCUGUUCCGACAGAUGUCCUCGGGAGCCAUUCCCCCUAACCGAGGAGCCCCUCCCGCACCCCCUCCACCAGCAGCUGCUCUUCCGAGAGAGUCUUCCUCAGUCUUAACUACAGACCCAGAGGCAGAAAAGCCACGAUUUGCUUCAAAUUUAUGA